CCCCCGGCGUCUGCCGCGGGGCUGCAGCGGACGAGAGCGGGGUGGAGGGUGCCUGGCCGGGCUGCCUCCGUGCCCCUGCACCGGCCCCGCGGGCACAAGGUGCUUUCCCGGGUGGCUUAGCACUCGCCUCAGCCUGCCGGAGGAGGUGCCGCUGCUGUCUGACUUUCCCGGAAAUAUGGGAUGUAUAAAAUCAAAAAGCAAAGAGAAUCUGCAUGGAGAUGGGCUAGAUUUGAAGAAUCAACCAGUACGUAAAACUGAACGAACUAUUUAUGUGAGGGAUCCAACGUCCAAUAAACAGCAAAGGCCAGCAAAUACAGAAGCACAGCUCUUACCGGGACAGAGGUUUGUCACUGAAGAAGCAGAGGAGCAUGGAGCCAUUGUGGUAGCUUUGUAUCCCUAUGAUGGCAUUCAUGAAGAUGACUUGUCCUUCAGAAAAGGAGAAAAACUGAAAGUUAUUGAGGAGCUGGGAGAAUGGUGGAAAGCAAAAUCUCUCACAACAAGGAAGGAAGGCUUCAUUCCCAGCAACUAUGUAGCAAAAGUAAACACCCUGGAAACAGAAGAAUGGUUCUUCAAAGACAUAACCCGAAAAGAUGCCGAAAGACAGCUCCUGGCUCCUGGAAAUAGUCCUGGAGCUUUCCUUAUCAGAGAAAGUGAAACAUUAAAAGGCAGCUAUUCUCUCUCCAUAAGAGACUAUGAUCCACAGCAUGGCGAUGUUAUUAAGCACUACAAAAUUAGGAGUUUAGACAAUGGAGGAUUCUACAUCUCUCCAAGAAUAACUUUUCCCAACAUCAAUGAUAUGAUCAAACAUUAUCAAAAGCAAUCAGAUGGCUUAUGCAGAAAGCUGGAAAAAGCUUGUAUUAGUCCCAAGCCUCAAAAACCAUGGGAUAAAGAUGCAUGGGAAAUUCCACGGGAAUCAAUUAAAUUAGUGAAGAAACUUGGAGCUGGUCAGUUUGGAGAAGUCUGGAUGGGUUACUAUCACAACAGUACAAAAGUGGCUGUGAAGACUCUGAAGCCUGGAACGAUGUCUGUGCAAGCCUUCCUGGAGGAAGCCAAUCUCAUGAAAACACUUCAGCAUGAUAAGCUCGUUAGGCUUUAUGCUGUAGUGACCAAAGAGGAACCGAUCUAUAUUAUAACAGAAUUCAUGGCAAAAGGAAGUUUGCUGGAUUUUCUGAAGAGCGAUGAAGGAAGUAAAUUGUUGCUUCCAAAGCUAAUCGACUUCUCUGCUCAGAUUGCAGAGGGGAUGGCAUAUAUAGAAAGGAAAAAUUACAUCCAUCGAGACUUGAGAGCAGCGAAUGUCCUGGUGUCAGACUUACUGAUGUGCAAAAUCGCUGAUUUUGGAUUAGCACGAGUCAUUGAAGACAACGAAUACACAGCGAGGGAAGGUGCAAAAUUCCCUAUUAAAUGGACGGCACCAGAGGCAAUUAACUAUGGAUCUUUCACGAUUAAAUCUGACGUGUGGUCAUUUGGGAUUCUCCUCUAUGAAAUCGUUACAUACGGAAAGAUUCCUUAUCCAGGUAUGAGCAAUUCAGACGUGAUGGUUGCUCUUCAGCGCGGGUACCGAAUGCCACGCAUGGAAACCUGUCCAGCUGAGCUUUAUGAUAUCAUGAAAACAUGCUGGAAAGACAAAGCAGAAGAAAGGCCAACAUUUGAUUAUCUACAGAGUGUGCUUGAUGACUUCUACACAGCGACAGAAGGGCAGUAUCAACAACAGCCAUAGAACAAAGAACACUUUAUAUUAACAGUGGAUCAUUGGCACAGACUAUGAUGUGAACAGACUGCUCAAACUAAUUACUUCAUGAGUUUGGAUGUCUUACCUGAGUGUGGAAGCUGAAAUGAAGGGAAGAGUAAUUCUGCAGAGAAAUAAUAAUGUUUUCAUUUGGUUAAAACAGUUCCUCUAAAGCUUGAAGCUCUCCUGAAACGCUCUGUGUUUUGCAUCUGCAGCAACAUCCCAAAGCAAGCAGGCUUUUUGGGGCGGGCAGGGCCGACGAAGGAAGGUGGUCAUGCACUUAUACAGCUUGACAAUGCCUUCUUAGGAUCUAAAGUCAUGCAAUAUGUAUAUGGAGACCUUUAUAAAAGGGGCAAGAAGAUGCACGAACAGCUGUUCUCCAAAGAAAGUCAUAAAGGAGAACUUCCUUGCAGAUUUAAGACUGGGUGACGUUCUUGAAUCAUCUUUUUUGAAAUACAGCACAUUGUGAAAAUUAUUUUUAUAUCCUUGUUAUUUCACAUUAGUAUCCGGAGCCCUGUUACCUCUCGUAAGACUUUGUAAGCUGUGCCAUGGUUUCCUUCAUGGAAGGUCAUGGAUGCAAUUCCUUACAUCGAAGAUGAUUUAGUUUUACUCCUACUAAAAUAAUUUCCCAGGCCUCGCACAGCCACCACAGCUGCAGCAGUGCAACGUGAACACACGUGACAGCAGGAGCAGCCACACACCUCCCUCUGUUCAACCUUCAGUUUCCCACAAGGCCAAAGUCAUCAUGUGAAGUCCAUAGGAAAGCACAGGAUGUUGAAGGAAGUUAAUAUUUUCACUGCAGUCGCUGAGACUGUUACCAGUGGAAAUAUUUUCAGCUUAGUUUUCAAUCCUCUGUGAUUAUUCAAGAAUAUUCUUCAUUUUUGCUGCUUUAAUCGACUAACCUCAAAUCUGUUUUAAAGCUAAAACUAGCACUAUCAAAACCAAUUUGUGGAAUAUGCAGUAGGAUAGCAAAUUACACUGCAGUGACACUAUAGAUUUGGUGCUCAGUAUCUAAAUCUAAUUCAUAAAAGCAAAUGCAGUUUGCCAAAGCUCUAUGUACUGAAUUGUCCUAUCCAAUUACUUACCAAAACAGCUGAGCUCUUGCCAAUUGCCAUGUAACAACAAGACAGUUACUUUUUUCCCCAAAGUUCUUACAACUGAAACCCAGUACAUCUUUGCCACCUCUCAGCCCAAGUAUUUAGGUAAAUGGUACUUUGCAGAAGCUUAAAACCUUUUUAAUAAAGCUUCAGUGUGUCUGCAGUUGAACUUCAGCAGCAUAAAUAGUCAUUGCUUUUCUUUACCAUUGGCUUCCUUCAGUCAAACUGUGCAGUUUAAGCAGACUAUCAGUUAAAUAUGUAAAUAGUUUCUAUUGUAUGGUGAUUUUUAACUUUAAUAAACACUUAAUCUGAA